AUGUUCAACUACAGGAGGAAAUUGGGACUUUCUAAAAGAAAUAGUAGGCCACACAACUCAGCUCCGAAAAAGAAGAAGUACAACAAUGGGGAUUGCAGGGAUACUGUGAUCGGCCAAAUGAGAGAUUUGAGGAUAUUUUUGCUGUCCGCAAUUCACAGCAACUCUAAGAGGUUUUUUUCAUCAACAUUCAGAGCAAAAGCGGGUAUCAACACUAAUUUUGAUAUGGAUGACGCCGAAACAACAUCAGAUACAUCUAGUUUCACAAAUCUGCAUUUAACAAGGUCAGCUGAAGAAGGUUAUUACAUCGCAGGAUCGAUAUAG